AUGGCACAAUCCACACGUUCUCCUCUGGCAGAUGCAGACGCCAAUGCGCAUGUCCUUGACCGUAGUUUCAUUCAAGAGCUUGACCAACUGAAGCAGCUAUUCACCCAUGGCACCGAGGCAGUAAAAGCACAAGACUUGGAGGUUGCAGCGGCGACGUUUGACAGGCUGCAGCAUUGCAUUCAACAUGGUGUGCUGUCAACCUGCUUAGCUAUGCGAUCGUACACUUAUCAGAAACGAGGCAGCAACAAUGUCGCUUUGAAAUUGUCGCAAGCACUGACACUGCGCAACGUACGUGAUCCUGACGGCUAUCUACUUGCAGCAAACCAGCUACUCUUGCAAGAUAAUCGAUCUGGGGCGAUGCGGAUGCUGUCAACAGGUAUCAAGCGUGUUCCUUGUGAUCAUCCUCGACACCACAUCUUGGUACAACUUGGACAACAAUUACAACAAGAGAUUGAACAACGCAAUCAAACGCUUCUUUGGUUACUUCCAGCCGAGAUAUUGGAUGGCAUCUUGCAUCAUUUGUUCUUGGAGGACCUUGUUAUUCUCGCAUCCACAUGCAAAUCAUGGUACAAGACAGUCUAUGAAUGGCCCGGCACUUGGCGUUGUUUCACUGUCUCGCAUAAGGAUACAGCCUACAAGAGCAGUUUCCGAAAGCUGCUUGCAAAGGCACCAAAGCAGCACAUUCGUCAUCUCACACUCUAUCAAGACAUGAUGGAAACACCGACCAUGCUCAUGUAUGAAACAAUCGCUGGAUAUCGAUGGAACAACAUUCAAUAUUUGAGCAUGUCGUUGUUAUUGGAUGAGGAAGACAUGUCGGCACCUCUUGGAAUUAUCACCAACACAAAAAACACGCUUCAGGAGCUCAAGUUACGCAAUGAUAUGGGGAAGGUGCUCAACCAUGCCUUGAAGAGUUGUCCCAACUUGCGAUCAUUGACAUUGGAGGACCAGAUUCGAUACACGGAGGAGGAAUUGAAUAUGCCGCCGCUCGCUUUACCACCAGGGCCAUUUCCAUUGAAGCAUUUGCGUAUUAAUUGCGUCUAUACAACACUCAACUUGCUCGAUUUGAUUCGGAAAUCACCCCACCUUGAGAGCUUUCAUUUGACAUACGACGAUGAGACUUUGGAGCACUUUUUCGAUGACUUGUUCAGGCUGAUUUAUUAUGAACUUCCUGCAUUACGCAAGCUACAUGUGGCUCAUGGAUCCUGCAAGGUUUUCUCAUCCUAUUCUCCUUUCGGUGAUGAAUACGAGGCAACAUCACCACAUCAUCCUCGUCGUCAACAGGCCACUCAGCCAGGUUUAUACAACUUGGUCAUGACAGGCAAUCAUCUUCAUGCUGGCAGUGAAAAGAUCGAUCUCCUUAUCCGAAAGAGCAAAGCGACCCUUGUGAAUCUUGAUUUGGAUCGGCAUGGCUAUGUGACAGAUAUUUACAACACCAUUGCAUCAACGGGCAUGACCGCUCUUCGUAAAUUGGGCUGUGGACCCGCCAUCGAUGGCACAGCUGAUUAUGCAUUGUUAUCGAGUGUGAUCAAGGCAUGUCCAAUGCUUCAAGACGUGUACCUUCCGCCCCUUACAGUCUCCGAUGAUGUGUUGGCCACCCUUGGACAAUUGCAACACCUUGAAAAACUUGCACUUAGCAUGGAAGGCAACCAAAUUACAGCUCGAGGCAUGAAACGAUUCAUGAAACGUACGUCAUCAUUGGUGUAUUUGGAAGUGUUUAUCUCCAAGGUGGAUACCGUCAAGAUGCGAGCAUUGAUUCAAUAUGUGUUGGCGUGUCCUAGCUUGCGUACAUUGGAUAUCACCUAUGAUGGAUGGCAUGAAAAGAGUGCGGACAUGACACCCUUAAGCGAGGAGAUGCAACGCUCUGGACUACGCAAAGUGAUCUUUUCAGGAAGACAUCAAUCUUUACCCAUGUUGAUGCCAUGGGUCGCCCACCUCAAGGAAUUGCGGGAGAUUGUGAUUGAAGAGCCGCCUUUCUUUCUUGAUCAAUCCGCAUUGAUAUCAGAUCAAGCAAUGAAGAACUUUGUAAAGAGCUGGCCACAUCUAUCCGUUACCCAUGUGCAAAAUGUCACGAAAAGAGUGUGUCGUAUCAAUAUCGAUGGCGUCCCCACUAUCAAAGAAACGGUGAUUCCCGGUUUGAAAUGGUUUCCUACCUUAUAA